UGUUUCUGCUGUCAAUUUCAUGUUGGCCAUGCCACGGUGAAGCCUAACAAUUAGAGGCAACACCAAUCAACACCAUGUUUCUGCAAUUUUCACGUGUCAAAAUUUCAGCGCCAACGUCUUUGGCGGCCUCUACGGACUCUACGGCGUGUGGGACGAGGUAUUUCUUUGAACAGAUCGAGGCCGUCCGAUCCGAACGUCUUGGACCACCUGAUCCGCGGGAAGUGGCUGCAGCUCUCAAAGUGCAGUCCAGAAGUUCAGUGCAGAAAGCGCUGCAGCUGCUUAAGACACUGGACAAAGCUCUUUUCCAAGUGAACACUUUUCACUCGAAUGCUAUUCUUUCUGGCUGUCGCAACUGGGAAGAAAACCUGGACUUACUCAAAGAAUUCAAAUGCAACUCAUGUGCUGAUGCAGUGAGCUACAACUGCGUGAUGAAUUCGCUCAAGUGGCCAAUCACUCUGGCACUUGUUGGCAACCUGAAAACUCUGAAUCGCAACACAAACAACAGUGCGAAAGAGCCACAAGACCUCACAAUUUCCUACAACCGUCUCAUUUCCUCAUGCAAAACGCAAGAUGCCUGGAAGCACUCUCUUCAUUUCUUGAUGAUGGAAGAGCUGAGACCUGACCAAUUCUCCUACAUGGCAGCAUUGGAUGUGCUCCAAAAGUCAAAGCUGUGUUUGUGGAGGAGAUCUUGCCACAUCCUGAGUUCAAUGCCAGCUGGUUUGGUUCAACCAGAUAUUUUCAGCUGGAACUCUAUGCUGGCGUCAGUACCAGACUCGAAUUGGAAGACUGAUGUGCACUUGCUGAAUUCCAUGCGGUCCAUGCGCUUCUUUGCUCCGGUUCCAGAUCUUAUAACAUAUCACACUGCUUUGCGUGGAGAAGACUGGCGAAUUGUGUUGUCUGUCUUGACAUCGACCGCUAAGCAACAAUUGAAGGUGAAUGUCGUUACCUUAAACUCAGUUUUGGGUUCAUUCACCACACCUGCAUGGGCCAGAGCCACUGUGAUGCUGGAUGACAUGGCAUCAAAUUCGAUCCUCCCUGAUGUUUUGUCGUUCAACAGCUAUCUUCAUACCUGUGCUUCGGGCAGCUCUGGCUUGUCCAACGGCAUUUGGCUGGACGCGUUGCGCAGUUAUGGAAGACAUGGCCUUAAAACAGAUUCUUUCAGUGUGUCAUCUGCAAUUAAAGUAAGGAGUCAAGCUGCUCGCAGUGCUUCCGAUGUUUUUGACACUUUUUUCAGUGGAUGGCAAGAAGGUCUUAACGUGCUUCAAACAGCCAAAGACGCAGGACAUCGAAAGCUUGCAAUUUGUGCGAAUGUUGUGCUUAAAGAAUGCUCAGAAGUGAGUGCCUGGCAAGCUGCACUUGUACUUCUGGGAAUCGAGUCGGACGAGUUCAGUCUUAGUACGGUCAUAAGUGCAUGUGAAAAAGCCUUCCAGUGGCCGCAAGCCCUUUUCCUCCUACACACAAUGCCUGUAAAAGACAUUGUCUGCUUUGGUGCGGCUGCCAGCGCUUGUGAAAAAGGCAAGCAGUGGCAACUGGCACUUUGCUUACUGUCAGAAAUGUCUGACCGCAUUCUUCAGCCCAAUCUCUUUACAUUCAACGCGGUGAUCAGUGCAUGUGGACAUGCUCGUGAAUGGGCACGAGCUUUGUCUCUCCUGCAACUGCUUGGGUCAGAGGCUGAUGCGGUCUCUUACAAUGCAGCUUUGAGUGCAUUCGAAAGAGCGAGCAUGUGGCAGACAGCAGUUCAGCUAUUUGCGCGGAUGAGAGUUGCCGAUGUGACUCCAGAUUCCAUAAGUUUCAAUGCAGUGGUUACCGCAUGUGAAAAUACCAGGAAGUGGGAGCAGGUAUUGGCUCUAUUGGUGGAUGAUUCAACCCCUGGCGGAGCUCAGCUCUUUACCCUGUGCACUGAUUCCGUCAAGGAUGAAUCCUACGAAGGCAAGGGGCCGGCUGCCCAGAUCACUUGGCGACUGGCCAAGAUGGCACAGCUGGCUAUGUUCGACAUUUCACCGCACAAUCUCACACGUGCAUGGCGCCGGGCUGCGAUUCAUGCAGCGGAUGCAAACAUCUCGGACCUUGGUACUUGUCUGUGGUCCAUGGCAGUGCUCAACAUACAAGACAAUGCCUUUCUCCUUGAGGCCACUAGGAAACUGCGUCGGCUGCUUGCACUUGGGCAUCACAAGCAACUGCCACUGAAGCUCUUGGGCAACUUGCUGUGGGCCUUGGGAAGUCUGAUGGGAUCGAGAAAUUCGAGAAAGCCUUGUGUCGUGUUUCAUGAAACUGAAACUGGAGGAGAGAAGGUUUUUGAAAUCCAUGACGUGUAUCAUACACUACAACAGGAGAUCCUCAGACGCACCGAGCCUACUGGGCCUACUGAGCAUCAUGAUACUGCAGUUGCUGAGCUUACUGAGUCUUCCGCCACCGCUGCCAGUAUUUUGCUGCAGACUUUGUGGGCGUCAACCUUUAGCCAACAGCUUCCCACUUCCGUCCUGGCUGGCAUCAAGUCAGCGGUGCUUCAUUUAGCGGACAGCCUCGACCAGCGAGAAGGACGGCGCACCUCCAAAGUCACUUCCGAAGUCACAUCCCAUGUCGCUCAGCCGACCAGCGACAAAACAGAAGACAAAACAGAGAUGAUGUCAGAAGAGUCAGAAGAGUCAGAAGGUGCAAAGUCAUCGAUGUUCCCUUCGAGUCUCUCACGAUUGAAGUUGUCGAAGUCUCCGGAGAUCGUGAAGGCUUUGCAGCAAAAACUGGUGGUGCUGAAGCCCACAGGAUGGCAGGUUGAUGAUUCUGUGGUGGACGAUUCGAAGCGGCGUCUGCUCUCGUGCUUCUUGCGAUCAGUUCUCCCACUGUCCCAACAGCAGCUGCUGGGCGACCUGAAGCACCGUCGUGGGUUUUUGCAUCGCUUGGACAUCCCAACUUCCGGACUGAUUCUCGUGGCCACCACGUACCAAGCUUACUAUGACUUGCAGCUGCAGUUGGUGUCUGGAGCCAUGACAAGAGACUAUGCCGUACUGUGUCAUGGCUGGUCAUGUCCCACAAGGAUUGAAGCGAAUGUUCAUUGGCUGGAGGAUGGACCUGCAUGGCUUUCUGGAAGCCGAGUCUUGUUGUACGGCAAGCCUGCGGUGACACUACUGGAAACCGUGGCAUGCUAUCAUACACAUCAUACAGCAGCGGCUUUCUCUGCUGAGCCCUUGAACACUUGCAAUGAAAAAAAAACAGCCGAUAGCAAUGACUAUAGCGACUACAGCAGCUAUAACCACGAUGAAGCUGAAGGCAGAGAAGGCAGAGAAGGCAGAGCUGAAGCAGAAGGCAGUUCCAGCUCUGCGAGUUGCUCGAGCGACUCUGCGAGUUGGGCCAGGGCUGUGUCUUUCGUCAAAAUUCACAUCGUCACAGGUCGAUGCCACCAGAUCCGUCUACACACGGCGCAUGUGGGACAUCCAGUUAUUACCGAUGCCAGGUAUGCUUCAGCAGCAACCUUUCAAGAAGACCGUCUGUGGUGCCCACGAAAUUUCUUGCACAGAUAUUGCUUGGAGUUCUCUACAGAAGCCUCUUGGACCUCACAAACCAAGGUGGAAGAGCCGCUACCUUCCGACCUGAAACUGGUGUUGGCAAGACUACAUCGGGCUAAAGGCAGGCGCAAAUCAGAGAAAUCUGUUUUCUGUUGAAGUUUGGACUUCCCAAGGUGUCAAGGCAAGAAUGUACAAAGAGCUUUCAAAGGCAGUGUGGUGUGGAGACAGAAAUAGAUGCAGCUGAAAAGGCCAAAA